ACAGUUACAUUAUAUUCAGACCUGGGUUUGUCCUGCACUAACAGGUUCAGUGUCUCUAUAAUCCUUUUCCACGGAUAAAAUUCUGAGAGUACGGGUCCUUGGUACUUAAAUUGGGUUCUUUUAAUGGAUGGGAAAAAACAAAAAUUAUGAAAAUUCUCCAAAGCCUUCCAUAAAAGAUUUAGUGUUAGAGGAUAACACCAUAAUUUGUAUAUCGUCCCGUCUUUUCGUCGCCUGUUGAAGUUGGAUCUAAUUUUUCUCUGUGAGUCAUUCUCUUUCCUGUUACGCACAAUAAAUAAGCAACUGACGGUUUAAUUAGGAUUUUUAAUAAAGGAAUUUUUUUCUGGAAGAGGCAAACAAGCAUCUACCAUCAUGUACUGUUUUCUCGCUGGCCAACCACUUAUUUUGUUAUUCCACUGUUAGGCUGCACCUGCAUCCUCCUGAAUGCCUGUUGUUUUCAUAUACAUGGUAAUGUGUCUGCUGUGUUGUUUUAUACAUUGAAGGUGAGGCAUAUCAUUCGCUCCUGCUUUGUCAGCCUGUCAGACAGCUUUCCUAUUUUCUAGCGGUGGAUAGUGCUUGUCUGACUUGUGCUUUCCAGAGAAGUAAUAAAACCUAUGAAAUAUUCCGUUUCUUGUUUCCCGCUCUCCUCUCCGUGCUUUUUUAUUAUUUCUAAGGACAUAAAAAAGAUGAGUGUUGCCCACAAGAAUAAGACGACAGGCGAAAUGAAGAAAACACGUGUUGUGGUUUUGGUGAAGCCAUUGAGGAUCUUUGCCCUUAUAGUGUAGAUAGUAAGGGUAAUCUUGCACUGUCAGCAGUCUGAGAACGGUGUGCACAAAGUGUAGCUGUGAGGGGUUAGAGGUGGUAAGAAUUCAUCAGAAAGACACGGGGGAGAUGCAUAUGAAACAGCAGGAUUGGGGGUCCGUCCCCAGGAACUUCUGAGCGGCACUUUUAUUUCCUACAUUCUGGUGAAUUUUAAUGCACCAGAUUGAGCCUUAUCUGCAUCCUUUUAUGGUGAAAAUGUUUGAUGUCAAAAUCAAAUAGCUACUUAAAUGUUUUUAUUAGGGAAGACAAAUGCACAGGUUCUAAAUAUUGAGGGAGACAUGUCCCCCUGCAAAAUUUCCACUUAUUGAGACACCUACAGACAACAUUUAUUGAAGACUCAGAAUGAAAAUUAGCAAAGAAGAUGGAAUAGCCAAUAAACUCCCACAGCUGACGGAACAAUUAUAAUAUUAGUAGAACUAAAUUGUUCCUCUUAACUAUUUGACUUGAUCCAUCCUUCAAGUACAAGUUCAACAUUUAGGGAAUUUUAAUUAUUUGUUUUGUUGCAGAGUAUUCUAUGAGAAGAUUGAUAUCUACAUGUAUGCUUAAAAUGUGAAUCUAACCACCAGCAGCUGACUAACUAAACUCAGCACAAAGACAAGAUUACUACAAAAUCUCAUAACCAGCACCUCCAAAACGCAAUAAUCUACCUGUAUGUAGUUUUGAUCCAUUAAAAAAUCGAUGUGUAAAAAAACCAAAAAAAAAAAGCCUGUUUUCGUGCAGUCAUGUACCAGUACCGGACACCAGUAACUUUAUGGAGCAUGCUGGUUGCCUGGCAACUGAUCCUGAUAAAGAAAUCUAGUGUUAGUUUGCGUCAGGAAAGCAAAUAUUAUAUCUCCAAAUAGUAUUGUAUAUCUCCAAAAUAUUGAGCUUUACCUUUAAAUGACAGGGCUAAGAGCUGAAACUAAAUACUCUAAAACUGACAUGGUACAUGAAAACAAGGAGGCCUGUUAAAGCUCAGCUCACAAGUAAGUCAACCUCAUGUUUUAGUAUGGUGUGAUGUGGGCACAAAUGGCACUCCCCGUGUGUUUAAAACUAAUGCUUCAUGAAAACAGUAUAAAGGCAGAAUGAGAAGGAUUUUUCCUAGACUCUAAAAAAAAAAGCAUCCUACUCUGUCAUUACUUAUGACCCACAGUAAGUGUGAGGUGGUAUCUGUAUCUACAGAAAACCCCCCAUCGGCCUGUAUUUUCUUUUUUUGCUGUAUUUGGAAAGUUUCUGGGCCUCAACUCUUGAGCACUGAUGUGUAGCCCCCAGCCAAUAACAGGCGCAGACUGUGAGGGUAGGAGUCUAUUAAAAUCUAGCGACCAGGUGCCAUAUCAUGAGAAUCCAUCCAAGUUGAGCAAGGGAGGAUGGGCCAACUUUGAAUGCUGUGUUCACAAAAACCCUACUCAUUCAGUUACAAAUAUAUCUACCAAUCUUUUAUAGUGUAGCACAAACUAGACUUUGCAAUCAUUUCAGAGCUGUUCCAGGGGUUUGUCUCUGCCAGUUGGUCUCUGUGGUCUCUGCUUCAAAGGUUUUUGGGAGAAUGACUAUCCAUCAGGGAUAACUGUUAGUCAAAAAACUGCCAAUAAUCGAAUGCAAAUCAGCUACGUUUUUAGGGAAGCAUUCCUUUUCAUUUCAAAGAUCCCACACAACUUUAAUCCUUUUGGAUGCUAAUUUCUGUGAUGCAUAGUAAGAAUUAAAGUCACUAUAAUACAUGAUAUAAUACAUGUUCAUCCUCUUGAAAAGAAGCUAGAUGACACUGAAAAUGGAUUGACUUCAUGUACGUGUUUCACUCGACUUUAGGUUAAGACCCAGUGUGCGUGUGUUAACUAUGAACCCACAAAAGUUUCACUACAAGUCCUUCCACCACGUAAAGCUCACCAUGCUUCUCUGUUUCUGUUACCUUCUCACACACACACACACACAGACUAUAUAUAUAUCAGUCUAAAUUUAAAGGUCAAUGUCACAGAACAGGAAAUGCAUGAAUACAGAUGGUCCCCUCUAAACAUGAACAGGGUAUUUAUUUGUUUCUUUAAUGCAUCUCUCACUUUCCAGCUCAUCAGUAUGAGUCUUUUUCUGUCUUAAGGCUUCUGGCCGAGCCAUCCGACUGCUGGUUUAUCUGCUCCGACACACACCCUCUCACUGGGGAAGUGUCACUCCACACCCCCCCUUCCACCUCCUCAUUCCUGCUGACUCCCUGCUCACCCUCUCCUCUCUCGCCUCCUCGUCGCCUCACUCCUCUCUGGAUGCCAGUAGCUUCUAGUCAUGGAGCAGACAACAGUCACACACCAACCAAAGUUAACUGUCAACAAAGACUCAGCAUCAGCAGUUCAAGAGGAGGAAGUAGAGGGCUUCACCACAGGAAGUGAAGAUGACUCGAGGUCGAACGAUGUCCCUGCAGUGACAGACCCGAUACUCACACAGCCUGGCCUCGGCGUCACCACGACAACCAUCACCACCAUCACGCAGACGGGAGGAGACUGGAGCACCGGUCUGUUCGACAUCUGCGGAGACAAGAUUACAUGUGUUCUCGGGGCACUGGUGCCGUGUUGUUUGGACCUGAGUUUGGCUCACCAGUAUGGCGAGUGUCUGUGCAUGCCACUACUACCAGGAUCUACUUUUGCCAUGCGAGUUGGGAUCAGGGAGCGAUACAAGAUACGGGGAAGUGUGUGUGAGGACUGGACCACAGUGUGCUGCUGUUACCCUCUGGCCGUUUGUCAGAUGAUAAGAGAGAUGAAGCGGAGGAUGAAGACACAGACCUAUCAUGUGUCCACUGUCCUCGAAUGCUCCUGAUGAAACGCUAGACAGUCAGUGAGGCCUGUCCUUUACUAUGCAACUGAGACUGGCGAGGACCAACAGAGAUCAUUGGUGCUAUAUAAAUAGCACAAAGAAUCAAUACUAUAACAUUUUAAAUGCCCCUGGGGAUACCUUGGGCAAUGGGUCAAGCCUAUCAUAUCAUUCAUUGAAGACUGGAAAGGAAUAACUUUGAUUCAUAGCAUAACGGCAAAAAGAAUACAAGCUGUAAAAUCUGAAUGAGGGCGUAGGAUUACCAUAUUAGAGAUUGAUAGAUUUUGACUGAAACCUACCUUAAAGUUGCUGUUGGACCUGUUUAGAAAGGGAAUUAUAAAUGAACUGCAUACAUUAUAAGGUGAAAAGCAGGUGGCAAGGCACACGCUUAUUUGGUUUCAGUAGCUGUCACUGUCAGCAAACGGCGCUAAACAUCUGGCACAACUCUGAGUCACACACCAGAAACUUUUAGAAAACAGACAGCAUUUUAAAAUUCGAAAUACGUUUUUAUGCACACAAUCAAUUCUUUCUUAACCCCCGAAGAUGCAAUACUCUAAUAUAACUUUUUUGAUCAUCUUAAUCAGGAUACAACCACAGUCAAAGCCAUUCAACAUAGUUUUAUAUGUAUUGUUGAACAUUUUGACUCCUUCAGGCGUGAUGGCAUCAUUGACAGAGUAGUAGUCUAGUAGUCUAGACCUUUUCUGACUUCUUCUAAACAGUCUAAAUGGGCCUCUGUGUAUUUCCUGUUACAAUGUUUCUUAAAGCAAUAACUGACAGGAAACAAACAUUGGCCAAAUCUGUUUUCCCUGGCAACAUAAUAGCCACUGACAGGUCUAUGGAGACAUGCACUCAGUUUCAUUUUGAUGUGAAAUAUCUGUCUAAAAAAUUUCUUUGGCCACAUCCGUAAAGGUAAAUAUUUUUUUUUUUGUCAAAACAAGGAAAAUUUAAAAGCUGUCUUUCCAAAAAACAAUGUCUCCUGUGCUUUGGAUAUUCAGCAAAGCUUGCUGACAACAAUUCAUAACAGCAAUUUCUUCAAUAGACAAAAAUAAAAUGAAAGUCAUUUGGGUGAACCAGCCCUUUAAUUUUGAUUCACAUUCCAAAGGUCACCAGACGUCAUGUUCAGUCCCCCUCAGAUACAAAGCGAAUAUGAAGUGAGGAAACUUUCUAGACCUUGAGGCACAAAUUGUGAAAUGGGGACAUGACUCGACAAUUUCUGCAAAUCAGACUAAUAAAUGUCAUUUUCAGCGUUACAUUUAAAUCAAAGCAAAGCCAGAGAAGCACAGAAAAGCUCAGUCAGCUUUGUUUGAUUUUAGUCAUUUGAUUUUCAAAGGCUGUAAGAGUUGUUUUAUUUAUUUGUGAGCCAAUCCGUUCAGUAUGCAGAACCACUUGUCUGAUUACCCGGCAUAGCUCAGAUUACAGUCAACAGUUCAAGUACAGUCUGAAGAUAAUAAAGGCCAUUUCCAUAUUUCUGAUAUUCCUUCAUCCUUCUGUUCUUUAAUUUACCUCAGGCAUUCAAUCUAAUUAAUAAUCCAGCCCUGAUUGCUGUGGUUCCCUGAACCCAAAAUGCCAACCAGAGAGAACGCAUGUGGAAAAUGUUAUUUCUACACAAAGCGGAUUGGGUCCCCAAAGGGCAAAUAUGUAAUUUGCUAACUCUUAUGGAUGUGGUCCCUAACCUGCAGCAGCUUCAAAUGAAAUGGGGAAAGAGAGAAAAUUGGUUUGGUUUCAAGAGAUGUGAACAAAAAAAAAGAAUCAUAUGUUGCAUACUGUACAGUAUACGACACAUUUUCAAGGAGUUAAUCUGAGCAUGGAAAUAAAUAUGUUGAAAUCAUUGCAAUUCUUCAUAAGUGUAUAUCUUAUCUGAUUAUUUUGUUGUUGGUUUUGAGUUUAUCUAAAGUUCCCAUCCUUAACGAACAGUGUCCCCCAAGUAAAGAUGUAUAAAGUGUCAAAAUAACAGAACAAUGCCUCUUAUGAAAAGUUAUUUCACAUUCAGUGAGGACAAAUUAUUCCAAAUUAUAGUCCUUGCAGCAUACAAUUGAACACUGUGUAGGUGCUAUUUUAGGCUGUUAAUGCUUCUACCUUUAGUAAGAAAAUACCUCUUUGCUUUGCAUUAUGGGGGA